AUGCCGAGCCCUUAGAGCGCACACAGACUCGGCGAGUUGGUGGAUCUCCUGUUCGGUGACUUCGCCCACCUCGAGGAUCUGUCCUGUCACUUCUGCUGCUUUUGAACUUUUGUCACUUUUGGGGUUUCUUACUUCUGCUACUACCGCUUUUGACAGCGUGGAUUGCACACGGGGGAAUGUAUCGUCAUAGGAUGCCGUGCAGAAAAGCUCGAGUCCUCCUGCGGCUAUGCGCUGCGCUGGUCUCGGCGCGCCUGGUCCACUCCUACAAUCUGGACCUGGAGCAGCCCACCAUCUUCCAUGGUCCUGAGGGGAGCUUCUUUGGCUACUCCGUCCUGGAGCACUACCACGACAACACCCGCUGGAUCAUUGUGGGUGCCCCCAAAGCAAACUCCACUUACAGCGCUUCUGUCCGGUCCCCUGGAGCUGUGUUCAAGUGUCGAGUGCACAGCAAUCCCGAAAGGCGCUGUACCGAGAUGGACAUGGCCAGAGGUAAUGACAGGACACCAACAUGUGGAAAGACGUGCCGGGGAAACAGGGAUGAUGAGUGGAUGGGAGUGAGCUUGGCUCGGCAGAACAAGGCUAAUGGCGGAGUGCUGGCCUGUGCUCACCGGUGGAAGAAUGUUUACUACGAAUCGGACCACAUCCUGCCCCACGGCUUCUGUGCCAUCAUCCCCAGCAACCUGCAAGCCAAGAGCAAGAGCCUCAUUCCCUGCUAUGAAGAGUACAAGAAAAAGUAUGGAGAGGAGCAUGGCUCAUGUCAGGCUGGCAUUGCAGGCUUCUUCACUGAGGAGCUGGUAGUAAUGGGUGCCCCAGGUUCAUAUUACUGGACUGGCACAGUUAAAGUGGUCAACCUUACUGAUAAUGCCUCUUACAAACUGAAGGAUGGGGUUAUUGGAGCCAGCAGAUACAGCUAUCUCGGUUAUGCUGUGACUGCUGGCCAUUUCUCCCAGCCGACGGCUACAGACGUAGUUGGAGGAGCUCCACAGGAUGAAGGGUUGGGAAAGGUGUAUAUUUUUAGAAUUGAAAAAGGGUCUCUGGUUUUGUUCUUUAAAGCCACUGGAAAGAAGAUGGGCUCUUACUUUGGCUCCUCCUUGUGUGCAGUUGACUUGAACCAGGAUGGUCUGUCGGAUCUGCUAGUGGGGGCUCCCAUGUUUAGUGAUGUCAGAGAUGAAGGUCAUGUUGCAGUGUUUAUCAACAAAGGAAACGGUAACCUGGAGGAGAGAGUACUGUUGAAUGGGGACAAUGCAUACAACGCACACUUUGGGGAAAGCAUCUCAGCUCUGGGAGACAUCGACGAUGAUGGAUUUCCAGACGUUGCCAUUGGAGCCCCUAAAGAAGAUGACUACGCCGGAGCUGUGUAUAUCUACCACGGGGAUGCAGAAGGGAUAGUGACAAAGUAUUCCAUGAGGAUUUCAGGACGGUCAAUCAACCCAGCCUUGCAGAUGUUUGGCCAGUCGAUAUCAGGAGCUGUGGAUAUGGAUGGAAAUGCAUACCCAGAUGUCACCAUUGGAGCUUUUAUGUCAGAUCAUGUGGUUCUGCUGAGAACUCGUCCUGUUAUCACAGUGGACGUGUCCAUACUUCUGCCCAGUGCCAUUAAUAUCACCUUUCCACAGUGUAAUGAUGGUAUCCAACAGGUCAACUGCUUCAACGUUUCAGUAUGCCUCAGUUUCAGAGGAAAAGAAGUGCCAGGAAGCAUAGGGCUGGAUUACAACUUCACGGCAGAUGUAAUGAAAAAGGAGAAGGGUCAGCAGUCAAGGGUGAUUUUUGUCCUGAAUGGGGAGCUAUCAAGUCAUGUGACCGAACACAUCCAACUGUCUCACAUGAAGGAGAAGUGCCAACACUACCUGGCCUAUGUCAGGAAAGAAGUCAAGGACGUUUUCUCUCCCGUUGUGUUUGAAGUGGCCUAUAGUCUGGGGGAACAUGUGAUUGAGAGCAAUGGGAGCGAGCAGUUGCCAGCACUCACCCCCAUCCUGCGAUGGAAAAAAGGAGGCAAGAUUGCCCAAAGAAACCAGACGGUGUUUGAAAGGAACUGCCUCUCCGAUGACUGUGCAGCUGAUCUGAGGCUACACGGACAACUGCUGCUGUCUGGGAUGGAAAGCAAACAGUACUUGGCCCUAGGAGCUGUGAAGAACAUAUCUCUAAAUGUAACCAUUUCCAAUGCUGGAGAUGAUGCCUAUGACACAAAUGUCUUCUUUAAUUUCUCCAGAGAGCUGUAUUUCAUCAAAGUGUGGCAGAAGGAAGAAAAGGGCAUUUCCUGUGAACUCUUAGAGUUGGAUUUCCUGAAGUGCAGUGUGGGGUUUCCGUUCAUGAGAUCUCAGUCCAAGUACCAUAUGGGAGUCAUUUUUGAUACCAGCCACCUGUCAGGGGAAGAAGAGAGUCUGACAUUUCUUGUCACUUCCCAAAGUGCAAACCCCGAGCAUGAUGACACUCUACCAGAUAACAACCUCCAUCUGCACAUGCCGUUGAUCCAUGAAGUGGACACCACCAUCACGGGGAUGAUUUCACCUUCCUCCUUUGAGUAUGGAGACUCAGUGGACACAUCCCGGUUUGUUCAACUGGAGGAUAUGGAGUGCCUCUUUCAGCCUCUCAAUUACACCUUUCAGGUCAUCAACACGGGACCCAGCAGCCUGCCAGGAUCUACUGUACACAUCUUGAUUCCCAACCGGCUGUCCAGUACUGGUGUGGAGAUGUUCCUCAUUUUGGAUAUAGUGGUUGGUCAAGAUGGGGGGAAUUGCUCAUACCACAAAAACCCGACUCCAUGUACCAUUCCACAGGAAAAGGAGAACAUUUUUCACACAAUCUUUGCAUUUUUCACCAAGUCUGGUCGAGAAGUGUUGGACUGUGACAGGCCAGGCAGACCUUGCCAGAUUAUUAGUUGUAAACUCUCUUCGAUGGCAAAAGAGGAAACCAGAAGUAUAGAUCUGCGGAUGUUGCUCAACACAGAGAUCCUCAAAAAGGACAGUUCUUCAGUAAUACAAUUUGUGACACGAGCCAAAGUGGCAGCAGACAGGAACUUUCGAGUAGUGGAGGUUUCCAAUGGGCUUUCAGAAGACACCACCGUGGUUUUUGAAGCCCUGCACAAUCAGGAGCCACGUGGCUAUGUGGUUGGCUGGAUAAUUGCAAUCAGUCUUUUAGUGGGAAUACUCAUUUUCCUGUUACUUGCUGUCUUGCUGUGGAAGAUGGGCUUCUUUCGCCGAAGAUACAAGGAGAUCAUCGAGGCGGAGAAGAACAGGAAAGACAGUGAUGAAAGCUGGGACUGGCUCCAGAAAAGCCAGUGAGCAAAUGGCUUAUCCACUGACUUCAUGGGACUACAGCUCUACCAGCUUUUUGGUUUGCCCCACUGAAUCUUUCAUAUGUGGAAGAAAGAAAUCUCCUCCUGAUAUUUCGGAGGACUGCUAAUUAUUUGUUUUUUUUUUUGCUGCAAUUUUUGAUUAUGUCUGUGGCACUCUUCCUGAGUAUGGCAGUCAUGUGAUUUUUACAGGAAGAGUUCUGUGUUUUCUGUAAUUUUUUUGGUCAAAGCUGAACUUUAACCAAUAGAAAGGGAUGAACUGCAAUAAUAUGGGUGGACAUCAGAUCGUAAAAUGUGGUAAAAAAAAAAAAAAUAACCCUCAGGGUAUUGAACUCUUGUCAGCCAAAGAUAUUUUUUAUACAUAUAUGCUUUUUAUACUGAAUCUGUCUUGUAACAAAUUUUUUGUAUCUUUUGGACAUAUCUACAUAUUUCUUUCAAAGCACUGACUAUUUACAGCAAUUUUAACAAAAAAAAAACAAUAUUUUUAGAAUUUGUAAGCUAAAACUUGAUUAGGGAAAAUGAAGGUGCCUACAACUGAAGCGCUCCGGACAUUUCCAGAAGUGCCUUAGAAUGUACACAUUUGGUCGAGGGGUCAGCGGUCAAAUGAAGCCCAACUGCAGAUUUGAGCCCUUAAUGUGAGUCGGCACACAGCAAGUCAAAAGAAGCAGAAAUACCGACAGGCACUUGAGAUCCAGGUGGGUUUUUUGCUCGCAAGCAGCUGAGGCACUAGCCAGCUCACAUUUUCAUAGAUAUUGCCCAUUUUUCAUUGAUGUGAAAAAUUACUGUAAUUGAAGACGUCUCCAUUUCAUUGUGAUAUUUUCCCCAAAUUCAAAAACAAAGGAACAAAAUACUAAGUCCAUAAAGAAUUACCAAGUUGGAGCGGAAUGAUGGGCCAUGUGGUCCUGAAAGAAGGAGCCAAAGGAUCUAGCAAAAAUGCCAAGCUUAAUAUAAUGCUGAUCGUGUUUUUUUAGAAUUCUUCCUUUUUAGCUAAUGGCUUUGUCAAAUAUUAAGUGACAUAACGUGAGGUACACAUGAAGAGAAUAAGAUCUGCCAUUGUCUCAUCUAAUACCACCCACCUGUCCAUCUCAUAACACCCUGCCUUUGUGGUAAUGGCCACACACAAACACACUUCUGUUCUUCACCUCACAGUUCCUGGCUCUCCUUUUUCUUUUUCCAUUAUUAUGACCCUUACCCCCAACCCUUCCUGCUUGCAUCUAUAAUUCCUUAAAUUGCAUUAAAAUGUCACAUGCACUCUUGGGAAAGAGGCAUCCAACUGAAGCAGGCCCAUUCUGAUGAUGCUGUAGAAUGUAUUACUGUAUUUAGAUGCUUUUAUUGAAGGAGCUUGAAUCAUUGACCGGAGGGCAAAUCUUAGAUCAGGCUUAGAGGACAAAGUUCAUUUGACAGAAUGGUCACCUCCAUGACCCUCAGCUGGACAAGUGGAUUAUAGAAGGAUAAUGGCCUUAAUCCUAUUGUUCAUUCAUUUUUCAAGCUCACUUUCUCCUUUACAAGGUUGUAGAGUCUAUCCUGGUAGUACUAGGGGCAAAGCAAGAAACUAGAAGGGAUCAUACAGGGGUGGUUAACAGUCACCCUGCCCUCAAGAAACCAGGUAAGCCAAGAGAAAGCCACAAGGACAUGUGGAGACUGGGCAGACUCCACACAGACAGAGAUUAGGAUGGAAGUUGAGUUUGGGUUUAGAGGGCUGUGAGGUGACUUUACUCUCCCUUCAUUUUUUAGUAUGAGGUAUGCCUUACAUUCUUCAGGCUUUGGAAGUAGAUUUUAAGGUUUUGAGUCGGCAGCUACUCUUUCGAUCCUUCUUACAUCUCCAAAGUUUGGAGUCAGAUGGUGUAGAUGUACAGUAGAAUACCCAGUCUGAUAAUUUUACUUCUGUGUUUAUAUGGUUUAUCUUGAAUUUAGCUAGCGUUUAAGACAUAUUGUAUUGUGUAUCUCUUCCCCAAGGCAGAAGUGCCCUGACAACAAAAUGAUUCACUUCCCAAAUUAUAAUUCCAUGGAAAGGAAUGGGUUUUAUUUUCAAUACACAUCUGCUUGGAGACCAGUGACUCACAUCUCUCUGGUUCACAUUUAUCAAGCUGAAGUGGGUAGGUUAUGACUUUGAGGCAGCAGCACCCUGAGAACACACACUGUGACAGCUGGAAUCGGGCAGUGAUGACCUGCCAUGUUCAUUGUAUCGAUAAUGAGGGACGCAGCAUGGCCGUGCAAUAGUUAGGACUAUUUCCUCAUCAUUCCAGAGGCUUAGACAUAAACCCCAGCCUGGUCACUACUUGUGUGGAAUUUGCAGUUUCACCCCAUGUCUGCAUGGGUUUGUUUGAGGUACUCCAGUUUUCCUCCCUUAAUCGCUAAACUGUAAGUGUGACCUGUGGUCAGCUUGGUCCCUGGUUGGCACCUGAUGCUAUCAGGAUAGGUACCUUAAAAAUGCAAUGAAGUGGUUAGAGGUGGUCUUUCCACUGACACAGGAAGAAAAACUUAUAUUGGUGUAGAGGGUCUCUGCCUUAGACAGAUCUGCUAUUAGACCACAAUGAAUUUGAUGUGAUCAUAACUGGUUUCUUUAGCUCAGCUUUAGAUCCAAGAGACAUAAUGGCUUAGUCAUUGGCAGAACUGCCUCUUUGCUAUAUAGGCCUAGGUUUGAUUACCGGCCUGUUCACUAUCAGUAUGGAGCUCAUUCCCUAUAAUCCAAUUUUUAUGCGAGCAUCCCAUAUGCCUGGAUGAAAGUUCAAUAGGCUUCUUGAAACUGGCCUUGAAGGAGUGAGUCUGUAUUUGUGUGCCCUUUGAUGGUCUGGUACCUUGCUCAGGGUUGGCUCCUUCUUUGUACACAAUGUUGCAAUAAACAAAUUUAGAGAGUGAAGGAAAAAUAAUUAGAUUUUGAGAGGCUGAUGUGAUGGGAUCUGUUCACUUAUGCCAGUUCUGCUUAGCUAUUUUAAAACCGGCAUUUCAUCAGUCUGAAGUUGUGGAAGUUUAUACUUUAGUAAAUAUGAAGUGUGGGUAACUCUGAAGUAAUAGAGUAUAAGGAGUAUGUGUCUCUGGGGCAGACCUGUCCUGAGAACAAACUGAAUUGCUGCCCAGUUCUUCAUCAAGCUGACAUGGCGGGCAGGGGACAGGUGAUGUUGCAGACAUCUGCUCAUCUGUCCAUUUUCUGCGUUUACCUGAGUUCAGGAUGCUAUGAACCAUGAGCAUCCGUUCAAUGAGCAACUUGAGCCGAUUAGUUUUAGUUGACUGAGAAGUCAGCAUUUCACAGGACCUGAAUUUACAUUAGUGGUAGGAGUGAAAGUCAUAAAAAAUGACUGCAGCUAAACUUGUGCUGCCCACACCACUGGCAAAUCUGAAUGGCCAUGAUAAAAAAGGUGUCCCUAGUCAAAAAAGAGAACAUAGCUCAUGAACCAUGACAGUUGGCUUAAAACGAAUCAGCACCCUACGUACUGUAGCUAACCCAAUUCUUAAACCUGUGCCCUCCACUGGACCUGUGGUGGUUUUGAGGUCCUGUUUCACUGACACAAGAACAAUGCACAUGAACUCUUUUAUUUUAAUUGCUGUCAUUAAUAUAUUUGGUGGUUUCUUACAUUUCAAGUUAUUAAAAAUCAAGAAAUUCUAUUGGAUACUUCAGUAUCCUGGAAAUACAUGUUAAGAUAAAGAGGAUUCUGUUUGAAAUACUGUACUUGAUAGUGGUGUUUAUUUCCAUAUUCAGUGAAUCCUUUACUAGGAUGGUGGAGCUGCUUUCCAAAUUAGUAGGAAGGCACCCCUAGAGAAUAAACCUUAUUAUGGAUACACCAUAGGAAAAAAAUAAAUCUUACUUUUGGCUCCUGUAAUAAAAAUAAAAUAAAACACUGAGAAGCCUUGG